AUGGGGGUCGAAGGCCAAAAAAGAUCCGCUCCUCCGCCGCUCCCCGCCCCCACCGAGACCAACUCGACGCUCUUAAGCGCCCCUCUGAGCGACGUGGGGACCGAAUUGUCCAAGUCCGGCGACGAGAAAUCGUCCUACUCGCUUCCGGACGACGGCACACCCGUCACCAUCAAGACAGGCCACCGCGCCAGCAGGUCUCAGACGUCACUGCUCAUAGAAUACUUUGAAGGCGGCAAGGCGAGCAGCGCAUCUGGUGCCACCGACCAGCGUAAGCCGAGCGUCCGCGUCCGGCUUACACCGAGCAGUAAGACCAAGUCCAAGGGCGGAUCGGACCGGGACCGCAUCCAGAUUACGCAGACAAAAUCGAGGAAAAGCAGCGCCAGCCGCCGGUCGGUGCCUACCGGUGGCCCUACGCGCAGCGAAGUUGAAGGGCUUUCGGCGGUCAGCGGGGAUAUGGAGGACGCCGGUUCGUAUGCUUCGGCAACGGAGGAGAGCACCGUCAGCCGCAACCCCAUCGACAUUGAAAUCGACCGGAGUGGCAACGUACGCCGCCGCCGGCCAGCGAGUCCGUUGAUUCCAGCCGCCGACAGCAAGGUCAGCUAUCAUGGCACCGCGAGUGAGAUUUCCGCUAUCCCGGCCGACAGCUUUCUUGACGGAUCGGGACCGGCAACAUCGUUCGGCAUGUCCGACGUGAAGAGUACGGGGAGUAGGAGUCCCGAGAUGUCUCGGACCGGUGAUUAUCUCCUUGGUGCUGCCGCUGGCUUGGGCGCCGCGGCCGCCGCCGACAGGGUCCGGAGCAAGAGCCGUGAUGAGCGUGAAAGGGACAGAGUGAGCGUGUCUAAAACUCGGGACAGGGACAGAGAGAAGGAGAAGGAGAAGGAGAGGGAUCGCAGGCAUAGAUCUAGCAAAAGCCGGGCUAGCAGUGUUGCGAAGGAGGAUAAGUAUGCCGAGCGUGCGAAAUCUCCUCGCAGGCGAUCCAAAGGCUACAGCGAGUCUGUUGUCUCCGCGGCCGAUUCUAGCGUCGUGUCAUCAGCCUUGGCUCCAAGUCAUCGGUCGGUGGAUCAACACUCUAUCCGGUCAGGGGCCUCCAAGGCAUCAUCUAUUAACAACCCAAAGCUGCUCGAGACGGUCGAGGAUGCCAUCCGCCGUCUCAUCUUGCCAGAGCUCAACGCCCUGAAGAGGGAGCAGAGCAGUCGCAAGACUCGCCGCGAUUCGACCACGUCCAGUACAACGACCGUCUCAAGGGAUGACCUCGCGAGUGAUAAACGGCGAUCCGGCGCUACUGACAAGAAGAUGGUAACACAGCGAGACAGCAUGAGGAGCAAAGAGAGCCGGGAUCGCGAGGCGCGUAAUGACUUCGACGACAGCAGCGCUCUCAGUCACGACUCGAUCGAAGACGACCAUGUCAUCGAAGACACUCCGACCCGCAGUAACGACCGUCUCAAGGCUGCUGUUGCUGGUGCGGCUAUGGGCGCGGCGGCCGUCGCUGCACAUGAGGUGUUCCAGUCCCCUUCGGACGACAAGCACCGCUCCAGGAGGCGGCGGAGGGCUGAGAUGCGGAGUCGCGGGUCCGACCAUGCUCUCGAGGACGAAGAAUCCGAGCUCGGGCCCCCGGUGCUCCCAAUGCCCUUGAUGAGCGAGGUGAACGCCUCGGAUGUGACACGGGCAUCCAUCCUAUCGGCCGAAACGGAUCGUCCGCACUCGGCCACUGAAGAAGUGGCUCCGGGCCGCGGUCUCUCGCAGGAUCAGUUGUCUGUACCAUCGACGACAUCUACACCAACCAGGACUCCCGCCACCACCCUGCAGGCCUUGGGCACUCAGCACGCCAACGUCUCGCACGGAGACCUCAAAGCAUUGCCCAAUCAACGGACCGGGCAGUGGGAUGAAUACGUCAUUGAUGACAAUGGCAAGAAAGUCCCUUCGCGUCUCUCCAAACAGUACCAGGAGGACGAGGAGUAUGAGGAUAACGGUGACAUGCCGGCGUAUGCGCCCGAGAGUCCCUACGACUACUACAGCACUCAGGACGUUCCUCCCCCGCUGAAGUACGUUCCUUAUCAGCCCGAGCGACGGGGUUUGAGUCCGAUCCCAAGUGUAUCAGGCUACACGGAUGCCGGCAGCGAAGGACCAAAUCGCGGGUCGGGGGGUACUCACCGCACCAACGAAUCCGUGUCCUCAGCAGAGAGGUCGCCGCGGCAAGACGGGUCAAUGCACUCGCGGCCAAGCCACGAACUUGUCGAGGAUGAACGAAGCGGGCUAAGCUCAGUCGUGGAUCAGGGGGAUGCUGUGAGCCCGCCCGGCAGCGAGGUUGACCGAAUCACAUCCGGACAAGCUGUUCGGGCCGUGGCCAUGAACCCAGAUUUCGUGCACCCGCCCGGCGUUGAGUCAAACGUGGCAUCUCUUGUUGACGGAUCGAUGCUCGAGGGUUCUGCCCUGACAACCGCCUCCAGCGCGGUAGGGAACCAGGCUUACAACGGACGGGAAUCGAUGGCAACGCUCGAGGAGGAGCAGUCCCGCGAUCCGGGCACCCCGACAAAGCGGUCCGUGGCAAGUCAGCGCGAGUAUGCGGAGGAGCGGGCACAGACUCCGUCCGCCAGGAGCCAACAGUCUCGCGAGUUCGUCCAGUAUGAGCUCGACGAGUAUGGCCGGAAGGUGCCUCAGACUAGUUACCGGCAGUCGCCGACCGUGUCCGAGGCGGCCAUCACCAGCGCCGCAGUCGGUGCCGCGGCCGCGGUCCUCCGGGCCAAGCAUGCCCAAGCGCAGCAGGAGGUCGUCUCGGAUGACGAUGUCGAGUUCCAAGGAGCCGGUGUGCAGCGCAACAAGUCUUUCAAGGAGCGUACGAAGAACGGGCCGCGCCCGGGUAUCGACACUGCGAGCGCUGAGGGGCUGGCCAACAACGCGGAGAAGCCGAAGCUGGGCUUCAGCAGCAUGCCCGACCCGAACGAUCCUCUGCCGGAAAUAGGAGACUGGCAGGACGACGACUUGCUGACCAACCCCUCUCUUCUCGACGGUCACGGCGGCCGCGACGAGGAGGAGGAGCACUGGGGGGGAGAUGCGACGCCUCGGCAACAUCCCCAGCGCCGAGAGGACGACGUGGAUUACCAGCACCUGGACGGGACGCCAAAGCAGCAGAGGAGUGGGCAGGACCUUGCCGGCGUCGCCGGUGCAGCAGCUGCAGUCGGCGCAGCUGUGGGCAUGGCGGCUGCUCAGAGUCACAGCCGCCAGCCGAGCCAGGAGCAUGAUGAGUGGUACCGCGACGCAGAGGACAACAAGCGUGACACAAUUGUCACCAACCCGUACGAAGGAUCCAGUCCCAUCGCCAACCUUCCGGGCAUCAACAAUACUUUCCUGGGCGGCCAGGGCUUCGACAACUCGGGCUACGGCGAUCUGUACGGCACCCGCAGCCCACUAGGGCACAAGGUUCUCGACGAGGGCUACAUCUCGCAGGGCCCCAACAAGACGCCAGACAUCCAGGUGCCGAAGGGUAAAGGCGUCGAUUUCAGCAUGACCUCCGGGCCCGGUGGUCAGGGUGUUGAGGAUCCGUUCUUCACCUCGAACCACAGCAGACACCUCAGCGGUAUGUCGCAGGGGAUGGGAACCCCGAUGUAUGACGCCGCGACCGGCACAGGCAUUGAGCGGAUUGAGUCCAAGGAUAUCAUCGCCUUGAUGCAACACUUGAUGGUCCGAGAUGCCCAGCGCAGUGCACGGGAUACCGAGAUCCUGGUCACGCUCGUCCGUUCCGCUACCGAGAUGCGCAAUAACUUUGAGGAUCUCAAGCGGCUGCUUGCCGACACCGAGGAUGUCAUCAUCACCGAGGUCAAGGACAACACCGAGAAGUCCGUCCAGCGUGCCAUCAACGGCCCGCGCCCCUACCCCGGCAGCGCUCGGCACUCCAUCCAGGGUGGCUCGCAGGCCGGCACCAUCAACGGUGACGACGUCACCGCCAAGAAGAGGAGCAUCUUCCGGCGUGCGCUGAAGGGGUUGAGUGCCAAGGGCGCAAACGACCUCGGCCGGAUCGAGGAUAUGCUCAUGCAGCUCCUGAACGAGGUGGACGUGCUCAAGGCCCAGACGGCGCCGGGCAAUAUGCAGGGGAACCAGAGCCAGCAGCUGCUCGGCGAGCAGUCGUACGACCACCUCCAGCCCGAGGUUCAGGACGAGCAAGAUCACGGUUACGAACCCGAAGGCCAUGCCGGCACUUCCACCACCAGCCAUGCGUCGCAGUCUGGCUAUCUCUCGAUCCAAUCCCGCGGGACGUCGGUCAAGCAGGGCUACGACAACCGCAAGGUCUCUGCUCACAGGAUAAGCACCGUGCCCGAGGAUAACGAGGAGGAUUACGACCACGGCCGAAGGGACGACGAGCUCCAUAUGAUGACGCCUGCCGCUCACGAGCAACGCGGCGGCUCGGUGCCGUUGGCGACCCCGCCUGGCGCUGCUGCACAAACGCAGCACUCGAUGAGCAAUGAGAACACUCCCCGAACUGAAGAGAGCAAGAAGCGCAAGUCCGGGAGAUCAAGCUGGUUCCGCAUUCCCAGAAUCUCGCGGUGGUCGGAAACGACGGCGUCGAGCGGUGUCCCGGAGUCCGGGCACAGCAAGCAAUCCAGCAGAGACGAGAACGCCAACUUCCCCACCGGAGCUUCUCGCUCGGGCUCCCUGGACCACUAUCAGGACAACUACCAGUUCUCGGCUCCGCAGCCCAUCGAGAGCGACAAGCUCCACACGGGAUUCUCGGAGACUGACCUGGCCCAGCACGGCUACCACGAGGACCACGAAGGGAUGAUGUACGGGCACAUGCAGUCCUCGCAGACUGAUCCUAACUGGGUCAGCAUGAACAUGACGCCCGAGGAGGCCAAAUACAAGGCCCACCGCGACUCGCUGAACCUGGUGCACCCCCAGCCCCGGCAGGGCCAGACAGAGCGCUUCAAGGCAGCGCUCGAAUCCCAAGCUCUUGGAUUCGACUCGCCCUUGAGCCCCAAGUCCGCAGACUGGGCCGGCUCGGCAACCAGCCUCAACAGGUUCGGCCAGCACCAGCACACCGACAGCUACGGCUCGGCGGGCGGUGACCACCACUACCAGCAGCACUGGACCUCGUCCUCCCCGGGACCGGCAAACAUGACGCCUACGGCCGGCGGCCCGCCACCGCGCCCGCCCAAGGAGGCACUUGACCAGCCACCACAGCAGCAGCCCCCUUCAAGCCCGAGCCAAAUGAUGAGGCACGCCACCCCGCCGCAGAACAAGCGGCUCAGCAAGCUGCAGCACCAGCAGCCGGGCAGCCCGCUGCCUCACCACAGCGUCGAGAGCGGGUACGGGACCAUGACCCACGGCGCGCCGACGGCAAGCUACAUCAGCCACGGGACGACGGGGACGGCCACGGGCGGCAAUAGUAGCCCGCGCCUGGAGAACAGGAACCUGAGCGGCGCCCUGGGCCGCGACGGCGUCAGCAGGCGGCCGAGCGGGCCGAGGCCCAUGACGCCUACCAAGGGCAUGGGGAGGAGUAGCCCGUCACCCCUGGCGGCGGGGGCGCAGGGCGAGGAUGAGCGGCGGAAACGAGAUACUUUUGGCACCAUGGCCUCGCAGGAGACGGAGACUUUCUAG